ACCGCAUCAAUUUUACCAUUGCCGGCAUAGGUACUUUCCCGUCCGACUCCAAUAAGCGAGUCUCCUAUUGGUGGUCGGCUACAGACAAGGAUAUGGUGGAUCCGUCCAGACUAUGUCUCGGUUCAGUUGUUGUGACGAGCACGUGGAUGAAUCAGUGGUCGAAGGAGAUGCAACAAAAAUAAUAACACCCGGUUUCGAACUUCUUACAACAUGAGCCAUGCUAGAGAAUCGCCAUUAGUAGGUCCUUGCCUCACCUGACACGAUGCGGUCAUCUGUGGUUGUCGACUCACCAUUAAUUAUAAUGUGCUGGUUAGUAAUGUUCGCACUGUCUGUCUUAGAGGCAUCAACGGAAGAUAAUGAAGAAACGGUCAUUUUGGAAGGACCAUCCAAUCAAACAGUCCUUAUUGAUAGCGCAGUGACAUUUACAUGUCGCACCAAAGGAUUGCCUCCUACUCAGAUUUUUUGGAAACGUAAUGGUCGUAAUUUGAAGUCUCACGGACAGGCAACUUAUAGGACGAUAGAUGGUGGAUCAUUAGUUUUGGAGAAUGUUGGACCAGCAGAUGACGGUGAUUAUCAAUGUGUAGUUGUUAGCAGUUCUGGAGAGAUAUAUUCUCAAGUAGCCAUCCUUACUAUCGAAGUUCCGGCCAAGAUAAAGGGUGGAAGAAGCGUUUACAACGUAAGCUGGGGUUCGAAUGUUACUCUAGAAUGUGCAGCCACGGGGGAACCACCCCCAUUGAUAACUUGGUGGAAAGAUGGAGAAGUGAUGGAAGAUAAGGAAGUCACCAAAUUUCAUUCCGUUCUUAUUAUUAACGCUACAACAACAUCAGUUUUUACAUGUAGAGCAACAAACUACUUAAGCAGUAUCAAUAAUACAGCGCAGGAUAGUAAAGAUUUUCACGUCUCCGUCUUGCCAGUUGCUGAAAACAUCGAAAGAGUCGAACCAAACAGCGACAAUCGUAGAAAUCACCAGAAAGAAAAAGUAGAACCAGAAGGUUACUGCGCUCCGUAUUCGGGUACAGUCUGCAGGAAGUAUCUGUCCGGAAAUCGCAUGGUUUACUAUAAUUUUACAGGGGAUGCCUCUGUUACGCCAAUGAACGAAGAGAUAACUGCCGCAUUAUCUGCCGAAUUAAUAUCUUCUUUGUUAGAACCUUGUCGCACACCAGCAGAGAAAAUGAUGUGUUUGUACGCUUUUCCUUCCUGUAGCUGGAUAGAAGGCUUAGCUAUAAGCAAACCAAUUUGUAGGGAAGAUUGCAUUGCAGUGCGUGAGCUUUUCUGUUAUAACGAAUGGGCUCUUAUAGAGGAUAAUAAGCAGAGAGGGAUAUUUUUCAAGUCACGUGGACAUUUUCGAUUGCCCGAUUGCAAUGUGUUGCCGUACAGAGGAAUGUCUUCUAAUCCUAAUUGUUCUCCUGCAUUUCUAACUGAAAUGAAGGAUGAUGAGAUUACAGUGGAUUGCAUCAGAGGUCGAGGGCGAUAUUACCAAGGUACUGUUAAUCAAACAAAAUCCGGUAUACCCUGUCAACGUUGGGAUUCCCAGGAACCGCAUCACCAUAACCGACCACCAAAAGUUUUCCCUGAAGUAUUAAAUUCGGAAAAUUAUUGCCGAAAUGCCGGAGGGGAAGAACCACUUCCUUGGUGUUACACUUUAGAUCCACAAAUUCGUUGGCAGCAUUGCGAUAUACCCAGAUGUGAGAACAACAGCGACGUGACCGAUUUCGAAUCAGAUAUGUUUGACAUAUUCGAGCCUCCCACAGAUCCACUUUUUACGCCUACCUUCAUUCUGAUUGUGUGCUCCUUCGUACUGGCAGCUGCAGUAGUUUUGAUCGUUGGAAUCCUUGUUUGCAGGCAUCUUAAAAGGCAUCAUUGCGGGUACAGCACCACAACGCAGGAUGUCGAAAUUGAUCUGGAUAAAUUACCAUCGAACAUGGCUUACCAUCGCACCACGGCUCAACUUAAUCCCAAGUUAGAAGCGCUGGAGUAUCAGAGAAAUAAUAUCAUUUACAUUCGAGAUAUUGGGCAAGGAGCAUUCGGUAGGGUAUUUCAAGCAAAAGCUCCAGGUUUGAUUAAAGAAGAGGAAUUCACUAUGGUGGCCGUUAAGAUGUUGAAAGAGGAAGCUACUGAAGAUCUUCAAAGCGAUUUCGAAAGGGAAGCUUGCCUGAUGGCCGAAUUUGAUCAUCCCAACAUAGUCAAGCUGUUAGGGGUAUGUGCUGUGGGUAAACCCAUGUGUUUGCUAUUCGAAUAUAUGGGGAAAGGAGAUCUGAACGAGUUCCUCAGAUCCUGUUCGCCCACUAAUUACAUAGUUCGGACGGGAAACGGUGAUGUCUACAGUGACGUCAGACUGACUCAUCUCGAUUUAAUCAAUUUAGCAAGGCAAAUAGCCGCAGGCAUGGUUUAUCUUUCUGAAAGGAAAUUCGUUCAUCGUGACUUAGCCACGAGAAAUUGCCUCAUCAACGACGAUAUGGUUGUCAAAAUUGCAGACUUUGGCCUCUCUCAGAAGAUCUACACGGCUAAUUAUUAUAAAGGUAACGAGCACGAUGCUAUACCCAUAAGGUGGAUGCCUCUAGAAUCGAUACUCUAUAGCAAAUUUACUGUCGAGUCGGACGUGUGGGCGUUUGGAGUGGUGCUUUGGGAGAUAUUUUCUUUUGCCCUCCAACCUUAUUACGGUAUGACACACGAAGAGGUUGUCAAGUACAUACAGAAUAAUAACGUUCUAACGUGCCCCGACGGAUGUCCAGCGAACAUAUAUCAUUUGAUGAAAACGUGUUGGCACAAGAAAUCGUCAAACAGACCAAGUUUCAAGUCAAUUUAUAAAAGUUUAGGUUCCAUACACGACGAUCUGGCCAAACAGCAGGUUAAAAAUAGAAGGACUCACGUAUGAACACAGCUAACAUAGUUAAGGGACCACAAUCACAGUGUACAGUGUACAGAUUAUAUAUAAUCUGAUAUCGAACAUAUGUGUGGACUAGUCAACUAAAAAAAAUCCCAAAGAACAAUUCAGUAUUUACACUUUAUGGUGCAGAUAUCAAUGCUAAAAUUCCAUACCACACUACGUAUCUUGGUGCUUUCGGAGUAAUUUGUGGAUUUUUUACACGUGAUUAAUAAUCAAUUUUUCUCGGAUGUUUGUUUUGUAUGGAGAGAAAAAAAAUAAGUCAAAAAACAAGAAUUUUUUUGAUGUAAACUAUGCAACAAAAAAUGCAGAGAAUGGAUAUAUAACCGUUCUAUACUUUUAUGGACGGAUAAACUCGUACAA